CAUCGCACCGAACUAAACAGCAACGUAUUCACGGACGACGGAAGAAUGACAAGAUCAACACACAUCCAGCACUCAAAGAGUAGGCACACUUAUUAUCUUAUAAUCAAAACAUCAACAGAUUAGAGCUUCCGAUAGUCUUCAUAAAUGUGUCACGCGUGCUGUAUUAGGUAGGGAAAAUUAAUGAGCAAUACUGUCUCCAGCUCUACAGAAGCUUUUAAUGACAACAGUAAAUGCGAUUUAUUACUAUUGAAGAUUUGACACAAUUUGUUACACUUCUAUUUGCGGAGUUUGCAACGACAAAGGUAUUGGUAUUGCAUUAGUAUGCUUGCAUUGUGCAAGUGUGAAAUUGUCAUAUAGAAACUAACAUGGGUUCCAGACUGAGCAGAAAGAAUAGUCUGGACAAUGACAAUUUUUCAAAGAGGCGACGCAAGCAUCUAGAUAGCACAGGGGAAAGCGACAGUGGUAGUGGUAGAGGUGGGGACUUUUUGUUUACAACGCUGAUGCAGAAAUCGGACAAGCUCCCUGGGAUGCUGCGAAGGACAAACCACAGCCCCUACGUGAGACGGGUUGCAUGGAUCCGAGAGAUUCAGAAGCUCCUUCGCGAUCGCAGGAUAGAGCAGGCUGGCGACGUACUCAAACUACUGAGGAAGGAUCUGGGAUUGGAAGGCACAUGUCUAAAUGACAUCUUAUAUAAGAACGCUGCCUUCCUUAACCUGGUGGACCCCAUCUCUCACGAGCUGCUGUUGAGCCUGGCACGGGAGAUGCAGUGCCCCAAGAAGGACACUGACACCAUAAAGUCCUCCGAUAAAAUUUGCCGACAGCUGAUCUACCACCUGACGCCACACUCCAAGUGGCUGAGACGGAGCAUGUCCCGACCCAAAUCCCAGGCCUGUCUCAAGACAACCCUGCAGAAAAAGCUCUCCAGUGACACUGUAGACUUGUCUGGCAUUCCCCUCUCCAAUCGAGACGUCCGUCACGUGGCCUUCUACCUGCAGAGCAACGGAGACACCGUGGUUGCUGUCGACAUCAGCUUCACUGAACUCCAGGACGACAGUCUCAGGCUCCUUCUACCCCCGCUGGGAGCCAUGCCUAAACUCAACACUCUGGCCCUCAACGGCAACCGGCUCACCCUCGACAUAGUCAAAGACCUCACCGAGAUCCUCAAAGAUCCCAAGGAGUUCUCUGGCCUGGCUUGGAUCGACCUGGGCAACAACUUCGAUAUCUUCACCAUGCCUCAGCCCCUGCUGGUGGCACUGCGCAGACGCUGCAGCCUAAAGAGCAGCCUGCCCACCAUCUACGAAUACACCGAGGGCCAGCCCUACAGCUACCACAUGGAGAUCUCCAUGGAGGAGCCCAGCCACUACGAAGAGGACGAGGACGAGGAGGAGAAGGAGGAGAACGAUUCUGGGGAUAAGCUGGAGUUGGAGCCUUGGGGACUGGGGGGGAAGAGAGCUUCGAAGGACUUCACCCUCCACUACUGUGAGAGGUGAUCCCAAGGGCUCCCCUGGCUAAAGCGUAGCUGUGGUUGACGUCUUCCCAUAGCUCUCCGUAUCUACCUUUGCCCAUCUUGCCCUCACACUAUGAGCCCCACGCACCCAUUGUGGCACCGAGGGAGUUCGGCGCCACACAUUCCAAGAGCUUUGCCUCCACACAGCCACCAAAUCCAUCUCAAAACAUCCUUCCCCACGACCCACAGAGAAAAAACAGGAAGAGACGUAAAGUGACGGCGACUUACUGUGUUGGCUCCUGGGAACGAGGUGCGGUUUCAUUGGAGGGGGGCUGGAAGAAUUUAGGAAAAGGGCGAGCUUUCUCUCCUUCUCUUUCAGUGGCAGCUGAAAGAUCCCAAGGACCACAGAUCAGACGGCUUGACAGAGGAGCAGCAUAUUGCUGGUGGUUGAAAUGGAGCUGCGCUUUCGUUUAAGAGCAGUAGAUCCCUCUGGGUUCUCUACCAGGACUGAGACUAUCUCUGGCAGGCAGGGCCUAGCUCCACAUUGUGUGUUCUCUGUUAAUCUCUCAACAAAGGCUAUGAAACAAGUUCAACAGACUAUACAGCCGACGACCCGUCACGUGACGCCGGCAAAACUGCAAAGUCAAGACUUUUUGCUUUUUCCCCCCCUUUCGAAAUGUCCACUUGUGAAUACCCACGCAUCACUUGUGUAGAUGUAAAUGAUGACACAAAACAUGGCUCUGUUGUAUUUCCACAGGCUAUUUUUGUGCACUGGUGGUGAACAAAGCCAAUCUUAGAAGACAACAGGUAGGACUCAACAAAGGACUGCUGUCACUGAUUGUUUGCAGUUGUCAAAACUCUGAGAUUCACCUCUUCAUUUUGGUUGGUGGUUGUUUUGUCAUUAUUGUGCCCACCACACUUUUUUCAGAAUGAAAUUACAGGGUGCCAUGACAACACCCCAAGGGAAGACCACUGAUUCUCUUUGAAGUAAGGCUACCUCCAAUGAAAUCAUAGUUGAGUGCUCCAUUCUGCCCACACUACAAACUGCCAUACUGCAUCUAUGAUAAAUGAACUCAUCAAUGUUUAGUACUCUAGUUCUUGUGUUUCUUUAUAGUCAAAGAGGAACUUGACUGUUAAAUAAUAAGUAAUAAUACAUGUUUAUUCUGACUGAAGACCAGAAUGUUUGAAAAAUAAGUGGAAAUGUUUUAGCACAUGAUAGCACAUAAUGCUACUUCACACUGCAACGCAUUUUGGGAAAACAUUCAAGAACUUGUACUCUUUCAGUCUCAUUAUAACUUGUAGUCUGUUUUAUAAACUCAGAUUAAUGUACAUUUUGUGAUCGAUAUUAGUCAUCAAGCUAAUAUCUAAAACAUAUAAUGUGUGAAAGUUCAAAGCUGUAUUAUGUCAAAUUAUUGCCGUCUAUUGUUUUGGUGUUUCGUCAUUUGUCAGUUACAGUAAUUAUUCUAAUUGUGAAGCUGAGCCCACUAAGCUCUCCAAUUUGGACAUAAACAAUGUGGAAAUGUAUUAAGGGGUAAUGUUCACCAUCUGACUUCUGAGCUAAAUGCACACUGUGCUGGGAAAAUUCAGCUUUCAGGACAUCGUACAUAUACGUGCUUACCUUGUAAAUUGUGUGUAUGUUUAUUAAAAAAAGUCAAGAUGUUUUAAAGAGUUCCCUGUGACAAUAGAUUUACUGUCAACUGUCUGCUUAGGUCACUCAUAGCAUUGUUUGUCAAUGUUAUACUCUCUGUCAACUCUCUUAGUUGUAUUUGUCAUACCAUUGACUGUGAAUGACAAUUA